ACAAUUUCAGCUUCCCUGCUUGUGAUCCCUACCCAGAAUCUAUGCUAGGGUUUUACAGAGUAGCUAACCAUUUCUUGUUCUUUUUCUUAUUCGUUUGUCCGCUUGACUCGGAUUGAUCACUCACUAUUGUGCCGAGCCAACUCGUUCCAAUUGGUGGUGGAGAGCGUUUCGUAUUUUUCAGUUUUGGAAUUAGGGCACGAGAAGAUUAUAUGAUUAGGGUUGUCAAUUUCCUUUUAUUUUUUUGGUGGUCUUUUUUAUUAUUUAUUAUUGGAGCAAUGGGAGUAUACUCAAUAUAUAGUGUGAUAAAUUUUGCUUAUGAUUCGGUGACUGGAGACGAUCAAAUUGAUGGGUUUUAUUUUUCAACAUAGAUCUUUAGGCCCCAUUUUAAUGGUAAAUCCAGAGAACAUAAUUUUGAUGAUAAUUGCAUGGGAAAAAGAGAAAAUAUUUUCUUAACUUUUCUUUUGAAAAUUUUGACUUCAUCACAAAAAUAUUGAUUUUUUGACUGUUUAAUCACUAGGUUGGUUUUCAAUUGAGUUAGGAUUUGGGAGUAGAGAAAAUAAAAGUGAAAUGCCUCUUUUUUUUUUCUUCUUUUUUUCCUCUUUUCCUCAUGAAUUCAGGGUUUUUGGGUUAACGUUCUUUGGUAUAGACACAAACUUGUUGAUUUUGUAUCUGUUGUUUUUUCUCUCUUAUUUGGUUGGAAGAGGAUGUAUCUGAUCUUUGCUUUACUGUACACAAAUAUAUCGUUAUCAUAAUUGAUUCUUUGACAGUUCAAUCACUAGGUUGGUUUUCUAAUGAGUUAGGAUUUGGGAGGAAGAAAGACAAGUUCUUAACUCCUCUACAAUUUUCAACUUUUUGAGGAUUGUGUAUGAAAUUAUUUAUUAUAUUAGGCUCUUACUCGUUUAUGGAAUAGGCUUCAACUUUUAGAUUAGUAUACAACUUAUUUUCUUUUUUCUUAUCCUAUUUUUAUAUUAUACUGAAGUAAUUCAUGAAUUUUGCAAUCUAUAUGAAGCUUAAGUUUUCUAGAUUUCCUUCAGGCUAUAGUUUUGUAUCUCAGCGUAUGUGUGUGUGUGUGUGUGAUUAAUUCCUUGCAAGACAUGGGGAAUCUAAUCUCUUACUAGUAUAUUUUUAUAUAUAACAGACAAGAAAGAAGGAGAUAAUAAUACUGAGGGAUUGGCAUAUAUUAAUAUAUGAAUGGUGGGUAUGUUUGAGGGAGGGAGGGAGGGUCCUUCAGGCUGUACUUUUCGUAUCUCAGCUUAUGUGUGCGUGAGUCUGAGAUUAAUUCCUUGCAAGACAUGGGGAAUCUAAUCUCUUACUGGUAUAUUUAUAUAUAUAACAACAAGAAAGGAGGAGAUAAUAAUACUGAUGGAUUGGCAUAUAUAAAUAUACGAAUGGUGGGUAUGUUUGAGGGAGGGAGGGAUUUGAUGAAUAUGAGUGGCAGACACCAUGGAGAAGCUUGCUAUUUAUGCAUUGAAUUAUUUUGUUAGUGUACAAAGACAAAUAAUAAAAAUGAUUGAUUAUGCAGACCACUUACCUUUUCUGUCCUUCACUUUACAUUCUUGAAAAAAGAAGAAGGAAAAACUAUAAAUAAAUCAUGAAAUUGUUCGCAGUUAGGCCUUUCUAUUUAAAGUAUAUAUAUAUAUACUGUAAAUUGAUGGGAUAGCUAAAAUGAAAAGACAUGCCUUCCUCAUGAAACUUCCUCCAUAUUCUUAGCAAUUAGUAUCAAUGUUUAAAAUAUCGCUUUUACGCCUCAAGGCAUUUUGUUUUUGUGAGGUGAGGCGUAUGCCUCAAGGCGCAUUGAGGCGUACGCCGAAGGAAGUCCGACUGUGUGAAAGAACCCCACUGGAAUUGGACGUAAAAAUGUUUCCGUUCUCGAUAAUUCCAGUAACAACCCUCAUCGUUAUUGGAGUUUCAGAACAGAGCACAAGGUUUUCAUGGUCACUUUGCCCAACGUCGGUGAGGCAGUCCGACUGUGUGAAAGAACUAGGUUAUCUGGAUUCGAGAUUAGGUUGUCCUUAGAAGGUGCUAGGUGGUUGGUGGAUGAGAUUAGGCGUUUAUCGGACUUGAAGGAUGCCAUUAGAAGAGGAUUCAGAAGCGUUUUCAGGGACAACAACCAGAGGGUGACAAUUGAAUGUUUCAGAAAUAUUAGAGGAGUUUUUCUCAAAGUUUCAACCUUCACUCAUAGUGCUGUCAGAUGCGUCAUUAUCCCGGAUGAAGGUUGGGAUUCUUGCUGGAGAGAACUGAACAAUUGUCUUAUGGGUUCGGUUGGGAGACAAGCAGGAUUCAUUCAGAAGGAGCUUCAUCAAACAGUGAGCUUAUCUAAGAAGUCGUGGGCCUCCGUGGUAGCAGGGAAGGAAGAGAAGGAGAUUGAUGAUAAGCUUAGUAAUCGAGCCAGUCAUUUCUUUUUGGGCAAAAAGGGUCAUGCAGUACUGGUGUUUCGCAGCAAAAGCCAACAUCAGUGGGGGAAAAUUUUUGACGGUUUUCAGGAAGUUUUAGGAGUCAAGGUGGAUUCAACUUUUGUGUCUGAUGAUAGAAUGAUUAUUUGGUGCCCUCUUGAAGGGUUACAACAGGAACUGUUACGUAGAAGGGAGAUCACUAUUGCAGACAUGCAAGUUUUUUUUCAGCCUUGGAAUUGGAAUAAUCAGGUGGCAAACAUGAAAGUCAGUUGUUUCCAAAAUUGGAUUGGGAUCGAAGGUAUCCCUCUCAAUAUCUGGAAUACCCAUGUGUUCAAGGUGAUUGGGACUCUUUGUGGUGGUUUAAUGGCAGUGGACAAAGGCUCUUUAGAGAUGAGAGAUAUCUCUUUUGCGCGGCUGAGAAUGUUUGGAGAUUCCAAUGGCUUCAUUCCGGGUUCUAUCUCCCUGCCGUAUGAAGGUAGCAACAUAGUUCUAAAGUUGUUCAAUCUGGAUGUUCAGCCUUUACAGACCAAAGUUGGUGACUGAAGUUUGGGGGUUAACAAUGUGGUUGUCGAAAGAGGAGUACGGCUUGAGGAAAAUCAAGGAAAAUCAAAGGAGAAUCAAAGAUCCAGGAGGAAAGUCUGGGUUAGAAAAACAACCCAGGAUCCAUUGGCUGUUUCUGACUUUCAGUCGGCGCCGACAGAGGUUCAGAAGGAGGGAGGACUUGUUGCGGUGGCGCCGGGGUCACGAGAUGCAGAGGUUGAGGUGGUGCCGGAGAUCAGCAAGAGCGUUUCCAAGUCGACAGGGGCAUUUAAUUCGGAUCCGGAUUUUCAGGAGUUCCAGGAGUCAUAUCGCGAGAAACCAGGGGGGGUUUUGCUGAAUUCUUGCUAUUCCUUAAAGUCAAUUUUCAAAAGACUAUAUUCAGACCUAUCCAUCUCAGAAAAUAAAGGAGAGGGCACGUGUCUAAGCUAUAUUUUUUCUGUUCCCACAUGUCCAAAAAGAGUAUUUAAAAUUGCCUUUUCGGUGGGUCAUUUGGGCUGGGCCUUGUCUUUGGAAAACAGAGCCUUCUCUUUUAAAAUAAUUUUAUCACAUGUUAGGACUCUCUUCAAUCCAAAUGUCUUGGGUGUGGGCUGCCAGCCAUGGAGGGAUUUUAAGACUAUUAGGAACAGGCCCAUUCGAAAAUUAAGAAGCCCCAAACCAUGUAAGGCCUUUGGCAAGGGAAAAGUUACUCUUUGGACUGAUCUGCCAGUAAAGGCACGGCGCAGUGGGGCUGUUUCUCUUCAACUUUCAGAAAAGGAAGAUACUACCUCUGAGUUUUCUACUAAAAACUUCAAAGUGUAUCAUCGUAAGCCAAAAGGUGCUUUUCCAGUGAGUAAUUCUCUUGUAGAAGAACAGUUAGAGACAACGAUGGGGACAGAACAAGAGUUGGCGGAGGAUGGUUUCUUUAUUCCGGUGGAAGAUGGUCCUUCGGAUAUGUGUAGUUCAGAGGAGGAGGAUUUAGACUUGGAUUCUGAGGUUGACAAGGAGGAUAUGGAAGAUAUCGUAGUCCAAGCUAGAAGGUUGUGUUGCGAAGAAGAGGAAGGGACUAGUUCUGAGUUAUUACUGGCUCCUAAUGGUGAGGAAGAGGGCGUGGGUUUAGAGGCAGGUACAGUGGAAAAGGAGGACAGGCCUCAAGAUUUUUCAAGGCUUGUUCCGGUAAUGGAGUCUUUUGGAAUCUCUUUACUACCUAGUUAUCUUGGGGAGGAAGAGACAGGAAGCCCUUCAUCUUUGCCUAAGAAGAGUGCACGUGAACUCAAGAAACUAGAGUUUAAUGUGAAUUAUGAGAAUAGGAGAAUGUUUGGGUGUCGUAAGUUAUCAUGAAGAUUUUAUCUUGGAAUGUUAGGGGAAGUGGUAAUAAAGAGAAGCGAAGGGCAAUAAAAGAAUCUAUUUGCAAGGUCAAUCCUGACCUUAUUGUGCUUCAAGAGGUUAAAAAGGUUAAAAUAGACAGGAGGUUCAUAGGGAGUAUUUGGAGGUCUAGAUUUAAAGCUUGGAUUUAUCAGGAGCCUUUGGGUAGGUCAGGUGGGACAUUAAUUGUUUGGGAUACUCGUAGUGUUUCUGUUUCGGACUCUUUGGUUGGGGAGUUCACCGUUUCCAUUCGUAUUGUAGCUGAAGGUAAGUACCCUUGGUGGUUUACCGGUGUUUAUGGGCCCGUGAUUUAUGGUAGAAGGGAGAGUUUUUGGGAUGAGUUGGCUGGUUUACAGGUCAUUUGUGGCAGUCAUUGGUGCUUAGGGGGAGAUUUUAAUGUGGUUAGGAGAGUAGAUGAAAAACUGAAUAGCAAGUCCAUCACUAGAAGUAUGAAGAAUUUUGAUGCGUUGAUUAGAGAGAUGAACCUGGUGGAUCCUAAGCUCCAAAAUGGCCGUUACACUUGGUCUAACUUCAGACAGAGGCCUAUUUGCAGCAGGCUCGAUAGAUUUUUAUUUUCGCCCUCGUGGACUGAGUUCUAUCCUUUCAUUCGUCAGGAAGUUUUGGUUCGCCUUGUCUCAGAUCAUUGUCUGGUAGUGUUGGAUUCAAACCCUCCUUCCUGGGGUCCCAGCCCUUUCAGAUUUGAUAAUUCCUGGCUAGAGCAUAAGGACUUCAAGGUGUUUUGUCAGAAGUGGUGGAAUUCGUCUAAGAUGAUGGGGUGGCCGGGUUAUGGGUUCAUGGAAAAGCUUUCAUUGGUUAAAGACAAAGUAAAGGGGUGGAGUAAGGAGGUUUUUAGUUCAAGAUGUUUGCUUAAACAUUCAUUGGAAAGAAGGAUGUUCGAGUUGGAUAGGUUGGAGGAAGGUGGACAGUGGAAUGAUCAACUUCUUUCGGAGAGAAGGAAGAUUAAGGAAGAAUGGCACCAAGUUGUAUUUUAAGAGGAGAGAGGAGUUUGGUUUAAGUC